UGAUGGCAGCUAUAGUAAAGUCACAUCGUGUUGCUCCUGACCCGGUUUAUUUUCCUCUCUGGUGAUGUUAUUAAGUGAUUUAUGUCUCCCUACUGGAUUAAAUACCAACUAGUGAUCCUUUCUGAUUAAUACGAGUGGAUUAAGUGGUGUUAAUUAGGUGUUAUAACCUGAUUUAAGACACCCGCAGCUAUGCCGGAGGAGAAGGCGGGUAAGGGCGAGAAUGGCGUCGGGGCGGAGACGAAGGCCUCGGGGUCCCCCAGUAAAUCCCCGGCCAAAGCCCCGCGGGGUAAGAUGGUCCUCACCCGGGUCAAGCUGCUCGACGGGACGGACUGCGAAGUGGCCAUUGAGAAAAAGGCCAAAGGGAUCGACCUGGUGGUGAGCAUCGCAGACCGCAUCAACCUCCUCGAGAAGGACUACUUUGGCCUCCUCUACUCGACCGCCAACAACACCACUAAUUGGCUCAACCUGGAAAAGAGGACUUCCAAGCAGGUGAAGGGGCCGUGGGAGUUCAAGUUCGAGGUCAAGUUACCUCCGGAUCCCACACAGUUGGCUGAAGAUAUUACUCGAUACCAACUAUGUCUCCAGGUCCGCCAAGACAUCCUAACGGGCAAACUACCGUGUUCGUUCGUCACCCACGCACUCCUGGGGUCCUACAUGGUUCAGGCGGAGGUCGGCGACUACGACCCCAAGGAACACUCGGGCACGACCUACCUCUCCGAGUUCACCUUCGCGCCCAAUCAGAACACAGAACUGGAGGAGAAAGUCGUGGAUUUACACAAGACCCACAAAGGCCAGACACCAGCCGAGGCAGAACUCCAUUAUCUCGAAAACGCCAAGAAAUUAGCCAUGUACGGCGUGGACAUGCACUCAGCCAAGGACUCGGAGGGCGUAGACAUCAUGCUAGGGGUGUGUGCGUCGGGCCUCCUAGUGUACAGAGAUAAACUACGCAUUAACCGGUUCGCAUGGCCCAAGAUUCUCAAGAUCUCGUAUAAACGCAGCAACUUCUACAUUAAGAUACGACCGGGCGAAUUUGAAACCUUCGAGUCGACCAUCGGCUUCAAGUUACCCAAUCACAAGGCAGCUAAGAGGUUGUGGAAAGUGUGCGUCGAACACCACACUUUCUUCAGAUUAAUGACCCCAGAGCCGCCGCAGAAACAAGGUCUAUGGCCACGUCUGGGGUCCAAGUUCCGCUACUCCGGCCGCACGCAAUACCAGUCCCGUAUGGCCGCAAAUCUUAGCGACCGCAACAAUCCCGAAUUCGAAAGAACCCUAAGCAGAAGGAAGCUGUCGUCGCGGAGUAUGGACGCCCAUAAGAACGCUAGCAACGUGCCGCGGGGAUCUACCUCCUCCACCUCCUCUAGUACCAAUCACAAAGGUAGUCAUGCAUGGGGGACUGGUGGUAUGGACAACAGUAAUCAUGCUUCUGAUAGUGAGCAAGAUAUUCCUUAUAUUGACUUCUUCGGCUUCGAUGCUUUAGGAACACGGACAGGCGACACUCCAGAGAUGUCCAAAAGGCAUACGAUGUCCCAUCCACCGCCUCACAUCCCCGGGCUAGAGGAGGCGCCGGGGAAGGACGGGGGGAAGGGCGAGAGCGGCCGAGACACACCUGGGGCCGAGGAACGCACCCCAGAGAAGAAAGAUAAGAGGCGAACCAGUCGUGGCAGUGGGGCUUCUUCCUUGAGCUCUGUUAGUUCCGACGAGGGAAACUUUGAGCCGCCUCCCGGGGACAAGACUAAGAGGCCAGUAGGGGGUGUGGCCGUACUCCCGAUGGCCGACCUCAUGAAGGCCACGAAGAAACGGGCCGAGAAGCUUGCCCUGGCCGAGGAGGAGGCUGCCGCCGCAGCUGCUGCAGCAGCAAAGAACGGCGAACCUCCGUCUUCCACCCCGCCCCCCGGGUAUAAGACGCUCGAGGGACGGAAGGCCGGCCCCGACGCCCCGGUGGACGCCGUCGGGGCGGAUCCCCUCGUCAAGACCCAUCGCACCGUCUUCCAGGACCCCGACGAGCCGGGGUCUCCGCCCUUCACCCGACAGUACUCCUACGAGGAGCUGGAGAACGAGCCCCGGCGCCCCUACAGCCCCACGGGUCACGGGUUCAAGUACGACAAGACGGGGGAAGAGGGAGACCGAGACAGUGCGGAGAUGCGGGCCGCCGAGAGGAGACGCGUGAGGGCCCAGGCCUUCAACUACGCCCCGGGGGAGGACUCCAAGGUGGCGGAGAAGCGCAAGACGAGCACGUCGGAGAGCGGCCGAGACCCGGGGGAGGAGACGGCCAAGAGCGGGGGGCCGGACGUGGCCGCAUCUUCCUCCUCCCCGGACAACACCCUGCCGGAGACCUCGGUGGACGAGGGGGUCCUGGACACCUCGGCCGACUCGACCGGCAUCAUGGGAGGCUUCCUGGUGGGCAAGAAGGACAAGAAGAAGGAUAAGAAGGAGAAAGAGAAGGAUAAGAAGGAGAAGAAAGAGAAGGAGAAGAAGAAGAAAGAGAAAGAGAAGAAGGAGAAAGAGAAGAAAGAUAAGCAGAAGAAAGAUAAAGGAAAGAAAGAUAAAGCCAAGAAGGAUAAAGCCAAGAAGGAUAAAGCCAAGAAGAAGGGAAGGUUUGGCAUCUUCAGCACCAAGGACUCCAGUAGUAGUUCCAGCGACAGUUCCAGUGACAGUUCCAGCGACAGUUCCAGCUCCGACGAAAGCGUGGUGAUGGAGAACCGCGAGGGAAUGGAACCCGGGGACAUCGACCGGACUCUGGCCGAGUCGGAGAGGUCGUACGCGGCCGACCACUCCGACGCCUCUCUCGUCAUCAACCCCGGGGCGACCUCCUCCUUCGCCUCCUUCUCCCCCGACCGCUCCUCCUCGGCGGUCGACCCGGCCCACGACUCGACCGUCCCCAAAAUCAUCAAGACGACAACCAAGAAGACGUUCGUCCAGGAUGCCGAGGGAAUCACCCAAGACACCGUUCAGCAGGUGGAGGACCUCGCUACAGGGCAGGUGGAGGUCAACACACAGUCUGAGAAGGCGGAACACGGAGGCAAUAACGACGGCGGGGAGAAGCCCCACGUUACGGCCACCACGGUCACCACCAUCACCGCUCAGAGCCUCGAGGAUAAGAGCACCAAGGAACGUACGCAACAGCUACAGGAGAAGACAUUCACCGCCACGACCAAAACAACGGGCACGACGCAGGAACAGAUGGUCGUUACGCAGGAGGUCAAGAAACAGACACGUUCCAUCGCCCCAGAGGUCACCCAGAACCUGCCGCCAACACAGGCUGGGUACGAAGCACAGUCACGCCCGCGGACAAUCUCCAGCGGCAGCGACGACUCGGGGACCUCAGUCGACCCCUUGGACUCCGAUUACGAUUUAGUAAAUAAGGAUGGCAUCGUGCCCACGGAGGCCCAGGUGUUCGACGGCAGCGGAGUCUACACCACCAUGAGCGUCGAGGCCCCGCCCUUAGUGGAGACGGAGACUCGGAAGGUUUCCGUGCUGGGGGACUUGAAUCUGGACGAGAAUGCGGUGGUCGUGAGCGCGCAGUCCAUCUCCUCCCGUACCCGAACAGUCGAGACCACUACUUACAAGACGGAGAAGGACGGGGUACUGGAGACGCGCGUCGAGCAGAAGAUCACUAUUCAGAGCGACGGAGACCCCAUAGACCACGACCGAGCUCUGGCCGAUGCCAUACAGGAGGCAACUAGUAUGAACCCCGACAUGACGGUGGAAAAGAUCGAGAUACAACAACAGUCGACGGAGUGAGGGACGUCGUCGAGGAUGUAAAUUAUAAGGUUCCUGCACUGCCUAUAGAUGUCACCGCUGCUGUAUCGAAGAAGACAACAAGAUACUGACAGAGAGAUAGAGAAGAAUCACCCCUAUGGAACAAGGCAAUUAGGCGCUCAGAACCCUAAUGAACCAGUGUGCUAGUUGUAUUUCUUUAUUUUUUUUGUCUAUCUUGUUGAUUUGUCGAUCUUUCUGUCGCGGAUUGCCCCCCAGUUACUUUCAACACGUAGAGGUCCAGUCACUUUUUUUAACUGGUCGACACACGGUUAUUUCUCCCGACACACAGUUAUCCAGUCCUUACAAGCAUCACCACUACCAGUCUCUUCCAGUAACCACCUCUUCACACAGUAUUACCCCAAGCAUCUCACACCAGGAUUCAUAUUAUUUCUCCUACGACGUGCUGGCAAACUUACCAAGACGUAAGCUGUGUUUAGCACGAUGGUCUGCCGUAUGGCGCUACCCGACGCUAUGCCCUACGACACUGUACCGUACGGCGCUAUCCGACACUCACACCAGCAUUGGGCAUCACAUGGGCAAUCAAAUUCUUCUUGAAAUGGAUGCAAAUUUCACAAGCCGCAAUUGGUCGAGAAACCGUGUCGAUGUCUGUGUGGACCCCCGGGCUACCCCAUGACGCAGGUGGACGUAAGCCUCGGGGUGUCAUUCUUACUCAACAACGAGUGCGAGGUUUAUUAUUAUUAUUGGUUAAAGCACUCGGGAGGUUAUCUGUCUGUCUGUAUGACUUUCCUCAGUUCAGUGGGACAAGGAUUUCGGUACAAGGGAGCUCUUGAGUUAGUGAUGUAGAUUGUCUAGUUAUGUUUAGGUUUAGUUUAUGUAAGAUUUUCUUCCUCCCUCCCUCCCUCCCUCCCUUCCUUCCUUCCUUCCUUCCUUCCUUCCUUCCUUCCUCCUUCCUCCCUCCUUCCUUCCUUCCUUCCUCCCUUCCUCCCUCCCUCCCUCCCUCCCUCUUGUUAUUGCAGCCUAAAUUGACUUAAUAUGUGUAACAAUGAAAUUAACCUUUGUGAUAACUGCAGCUAAAUAUUAUAGUAUUUUUCCUAGUGCAAGAUCAUUUACUUGUGCUGCAGCUAAAAUCGACUGUAUAGCUUAUUGUUGCAGCUAAGAAUAUGUUUGUUAUCUCAGAACUGAAAGACUCUCUCUCUCUCUCUCUCUCUCUCUCUCUCUCUCUCUCUCUCUCUCUCUCUCUCUUUCUCAAGGCAUCAUCAACACAAUAAUUAUACCCCCAGCUAAAAUAACCUAACAAUAAUGCCUUAAGAUUUAUUAUAAUAUAUAUAUAUAUACGAAGAUUAAUACCUGUACAGUUUAAUUGUCACUAAUCCUGGGAGUUUAUUUUGGUAAACGAGAGGACGUCAAUAACGAGGUGGUACUGAGAGACAUUUGGGUGUAGUAACGAGCGAUUCUGUGCCCUGGUAAUUAGCGGUCUUUGGGGCUUAACCUAUGAGAAUAUUGAUGUUAUUCUUACUGUAAUUAGCUGAAGUGUUUUAAUUAGUGGUCUUAGAUCCUCAACCUGUGGAAAGUAAUUGUUAUUGUACCAGUAAUGAUGUACAGGUGUUCAUUAAUUAGUUCUAUGUUUGAUUAGACUAUAGAAUUGGGUAAUUAACCAUAAGAAUGUCACUAAUGAGCUUAAGAGGGUAAUUAAAGGUUACAUAGGCAAUUAACUUGACUAAUUACAUUUAAACACCAUCAUUAAGGUGAUUAGAAGCCAAAUUACUGGAGGGUCGUUAACCUUAUCUCAUAACGACCAUAUCGAGAGAGUAAUUAGGGUCGGAAAUUAUCAAAUGAAUUGUAUAACGACCUGAUAGUAACGACACUGGUGUUUACAGUCGCCGUAAUCGUUCGUUCACGUCCUCUCGUUGUUUAUUCGAAGAUGUAAUUGUUUUUUGUUUUUUUAAUUCUGUCAAAUAUCGGUUUAAUUGCAGCUUCAUAUAUGUACAUUUGUGUGUCAGUGAUCGAUGGUCCGCUCACAGCUAGAUGGGAUAGGGAAAUGGUGUUGCCGCAAGAACGUGCUGUGGGCAUUGGUGGGGUACAAGAUGGACCUAUUCCGAGACAGCGUGUGGGUAUAGGGUACUUUCCCGAGUGACCCCAUAGCUCUCUGGGAGUAUGGGGGGGGGGAGGGGGCGUGUUAAGGGUACGGCGGAUCUCGUCGUAACCUCGGCCCUCAUAGGCUCGUGUGACGUAAAGAUCGUUCCUCUAUUCGGUCGUUCGCCGCUAUGCACGUUUACCGGGUAGUCUGGUCGACGGUGUGUAGUAUCUCGCUUAUGGGCGCUGUUAUUACUUUAUUUACUCGCGCUCACAGGGAUAUGUGCGUAAAUUGCUCGCAGUGAUGCAUUAGGGGGUUGGUGAUAUGGGUGCCGAUGGCGGUAAAACGUGAAGGUUAGAUGUGAUGUAUACUGUCUUGUCUGUCUGUCAGAAUCUCACUUUGGAUUAACCAACGAUCACUCGGAAAAAGCAGUGUGGGCAAAUUAUGGGUAGUAUAUGGGUUAAUUUGUGACCCAUUUUGUUUUUUAAAAGGCUAGAUGAUGGGUGGAGGUUAUGUGAAAAAGGCGUAUCGUUGUUUACCGGGUAGUUCGCCGUCGUUCAAGAAAGCGGUAACGACUUAACCGGGAGCCGCGACGCAGACCAUUAAACGAUCAAAUCCUAGCCGUGGGGCGGGAGGGUACGUCGCAUAACACGUUGUCCCCCCACCUCAACACCCCAUAAGACACCUCCACAAAGAAACAAAAACUACGUCAACGUUUCGUAGCUCCGCGUCGGGCUUCCUCUCCCCUGAACAGAGAUAGACCAACGCUGUAGAGGAUCUAGUAUAUGGGGUGAAUUAACGGACAAUAUCACAUAAUCGGUGGAUCAAUUUUAGCUUAAUUUAAGCGUAUAUACAUAUUAGCAUCGUGGAAGUGCCUGAGGUGAUUGUUGUCGGAUAGAGAAUUUUAGCGCUAAUAACCCCCCACCCCCCCACCCCCCCUCCUAGCCUUAGACCCUAAUGGUAUUGGUCAUUUAUUACCACUUGUGCAUAAACAUCGCCCUUUUCACGUAGGGAUUUAGCGUUUUUUUUUUUAAAUCGGGUUUUGGGAUUAAUGGGACGAGAAUAAUGGAGGUCCGGUCUCUGGUAGUGUUGGUGAUAAGGUGAUAAAACACACACACACACACACACACACACACACACACACACACACACCAGUAUUAAACAAGUACAUUAACAAAGGCUGUAGUAUUAUCACCACCAGAGAGUCACCCCCAUACUGUAGUGAAUUUACCAUUAGUCGUAAGCAUAAUGAUAGAGAAUAACGUUGCCGAGGAUAAACGGCCGAUGCCCGCGGGUUGGGGCACCGACUCGAGGGGCGGUGGUCUGGGGUCCUCGGGCCGGAGGGAACCGUCGCGCUCGGGAGGAAUAUUUUGUCUUUCGUCGUUCGUGUCCGGGGUCACAAGUGCCUGCCGCCGCUACACCCGAUCGCCCUCCGGGUGUCGUCCGGUCGGCGUAGAUGGGAACGGAAGUUGUAGCAGUAAUGGGCGUGAUUAUCGCCAACGCCCGAUGGACCGUAAGUUUGUCCUCUGGGGGUGUGAGGUAUAUAUUUGUCCUUCUCUUCGUGUCGCGCGCCCGCUUGCUAUCGUCUCAUUUCUCGCGCUUGACGGCUCUCGUCUCGGCGCGCGACGCUAAACAGUUUGUAAGGAUUUCUGUCGUGAUGAUCGACGCCAUUUUUCAUUAUGCAUCGAGUAGUGCAGCGCUUGACGUCGUGAGUCGCCCUCGAUGGGGUCGAGUGAGAACUACGGUCGAGGCUCCAGUAACAGAGGCACGUAAUCUAACCUGAAGUCUAUAUUAGGCUCAUUAAUGCCACACUUGACCUGGCUCGACCUGGCCUGGUGAUACAACACACUCGACCCGGCUUAGUGGUAAGACACACACUUGACCUGGCCCGGUGGUACAACACACUCGACCUGGCCCGGUAACAACCAGCUUGCACAUCUCUUCACAAAUACUUGACCCUUAAACAGCGGCCAAAUCAGCGAGAAUUUUCCCAUUAACCACAUCCCAAUUACUGUAUCUGGUAGGGGGGGGGGGUGAUCCUCGGUCGCUGAUUAAGGGAUAAGACUAAUUCAACUUCAAUGACCUAAACACCAACUCUAAAUACAUCAACUACAGUACAUGUAAUUAGAGACAGUACGAAUCACCUUAUUAACAAAACCAGACCGCAGCUACGGUGAUUAGUCGUCGAUCUUGCCUUCACCUAUAGACCUGGGGAAGGAAACACCUCAACAGAAUUAAUCAAGUUAAGGUAGAUAUAUAUAGUAUAUAUUGUACAGUACAUAGGAACACUUGUCAGUCGGUUUAAGUAUAUUGAGUUGAGAAGAUCUUGCCGCGAGCAGCUUAUAGUGUUGGUCUAAGCUUUUUUUUAUUAUGGAGUAUUUGGGGAAGAUUCCUUUAGGGUUAAGUUAUUAUUUGUUUACUUUUUCGUGGUCGUGCAUUCGUCGCCGGUGCGUGAGGUCGGCCCGGUCGUUGGAGGGAACGUCGUUUUAGGAUAGAGGCGGUCGGCCGGACUCGACGAACGCGCGGUAGUACCGGAGUUUAUAUUUUACCGUAGGCUAGGUUAGGAAUGACUGAGCCUCGUAUGACGUUCCUCCACCACCCUACCCCUCAGAGUGCGAUUAUUAGAGCCUUAGUGUUUACGAUCCAUCAGAUAUAACGUUUAUUACCUGUUCCAAUUAUUUUUUAUUUCGUUGGGGAAGACUUACACUAGGGCUAGAGUCGAUGGGCCUCUUACCGUAAGUGUAGAAAUAUGUGAAUCUCUUGGAGCGUUAUCUAUUGCACGGUCAGGGUUGUGUGUGUGUCUGUCUGUAUACCAGCUGAGUCCUCCCCUCCCCCUACCCCUCCCCCUACCCCUCCCCCUACCCCUACUCCAAGACUUCCUAUCAACCUCCACUACCACACUAUCAAGGGGGGGAGGAGGAGGAGGAGGAGGCUGUUAAGAUGUACCACAGAGCUAUUGGUUAAGGGGGUCAAAUACCACAUCUGUUUAUGCAUUUGUCAUUGAAGACUUUUAUAUUAUUUUGGUUAAUAUAUUAAAUUUAUGUAUUAAUUUAUCACAUGGAAGGUUUAUUAGUCUUUAAUAGGUUAGGUUAUCGAUGUACUCAACCUCUGGGUAUAUCGCAGCGUACUGGUACAUCUUGACACACUUAGCAUUGGUAUAUCCUGUUGUACUCAGUUCUGGGUACAUUCAGACUUACUCAGUACUGGUUCAUCUCAAUGUACUCAGCACUGAUUACAACCCCUGUAUUUUCACUCUGCUGUUUCUCAUUAUUCCACGCAUCUUCACCGCUAUGAGAACACAUCUUGUGAGAACAGCUUGUUUACAUUACCAAGAUAAACCUAAAGUAAACCAAUGUUAAACCCUGUAAUCAUUUAUUUCAUUCUUUAUAAAACACAAUAAAUGUUUAGGUAAGUUUAA